AUGAGGGGAUUUACUGAGUACUCUGAUUUGGUCGCAGCUCUUUUGGUGGCAGAACAAAACAAUGAGCUCCCGAUAAAAAACCACCAGACACGUCCCACAGGAACAAUAGCAUACCCCGAAAUAAAUGCAACAACAUUUAAUCGUGGGCGUGGCGGCCAUAAUCGUCAUAAAGGACUAGGGGGUAAAACUUAUUUUGAUGGUAGAGGCAGAAAUCACGGUCGAAACCACUUUCGUGGUCGAGGUCGUGGACGAGGAUAUGUGAAUAAUUAUAGGCCUCCUAAAUAUGACCAAAAUAAUAAGAAUCAUCAAGGUAAAGGUAAAUAUAUCCAAGAAGGUCCCUCAAGGAACCGUGAUGAUAUCUGUUUUAGGUCCCUCAAGGAACAUUGGUCUAAGAAGUGUAGGACACCAGAACACCUGUGUAAAAGAUACAGGGCAUCUGUAGAAGAAAAAGGAAAGGAAGUAAAUUUUAAUGAAGUUGAACCCAAUAAUGAUACUACCUACCUUGAGGCUGCUGAUUUUAUUGAAGAAGAAAAUGAAAUGAAUAUGAAUUAA